AUGGAGCCUCAAUACUUCUACAUCAAUUGAGGAAACUACUGACGAAAACCAAUGGAAUUUUGAAGAUCUCUACAACUUGUAUUAUCUUGAUCAACUAGAUGCCUACGUUGAUACAAAAACUUCUGUUGAUAUUGUUGCAGUUGUAUUAAGUGCUGAUCCAAUAAAAAAAAUCCACACAAAGUCUGGACCUGCAAAUAUUCAAGAAUUUCUCCUUGUUGAUCAAAGCUUACAACCCAAAACUUUAACUAUGUGGGAUGAACUAACUGAGACCGUUGGAAAAACAAUAUGUGAAAUUCUUCCACAAAAUCCUAUUAUAAUAGGAACACGCCUGAAAGUUGUUUCACACAACGGUAUAUCUUUAUCAUCCAAACAACAAAGUUCAUUUAUUAUUAAUCUUACAAAUAUUCCACAAAUAAAUGAGCUUCGUCAAUGGAGCAUUAACAAUGAAGAAUACCUUGCUGCCAUUAUCAAUGAGAAAAGACUCUUCCCAAGUCAAACUGUUCUAAGAACUCCUCAAUAUAAUAAUAUCAUUACUAUUAAUGGCAUUCAAAAUCUUCCACAAGAGCAAACUACUUUUUGGAUAAAUGCAUCAAUCUCCAUCAAGAAUUUAAGACAACCCUUCUGGUACAUGACUUGCAUAAAAUGCCGUCAGAAAGCAGAUCUUGACAAUCAAACAUCAUGUUUUAACUGCUACAACUGCAACGAAUCAUCUGUUGAGACAAUUCCAAGGUGCCGCUUUCAAGCUCAACUAACAGACCACACAGGCUCACUAAUAGCAACGUUCUUCGGCGAAAAUGCAGAAAAGAUGUUAAAUUGUACCGCACAAGAGCUUAUUCACAUCCCAAGUGAUCAAAACAUAUCAUCGGUUGCAAGGCUUUCUACAGUGAGUAAAUUUUUUAUUUACUUAAAAGCAAGAGCGGAUGCAUAUAGUGGUGGGAGUCAAACCAAAUACAAUGUUAUCUCACUGCUCGAAAGUGAUAGUGAAUCAAGCACUUCAAAUACUACGAAUGAUACUUGAAGUAUCUGCAAAAUAAUAUAAAUAAAUAUAUAAAUUAUGUACAAAUAUUAUAAAUACUAUGUAAAAUAUAUUUAAAUAAUAAACAUCUUAUG